AUGGGUCUGCUGACGGAGGGGACACCACUGUCGUGGAGAGAAACAGUCCCUCAUGUUGAAAAAAUCAAGGACAAAGGUCUCGAUCAGUUUAUCUACUUAUAUCAUCGCCUGAAAGCUCGAGAUUCUGAUAAGCUUAGAUGGGGUGAUGAGAUUGAGUAUACUAUUGUGAAGUUCGAUCACGAAGCAAAGAAGGUCCAUGUUUCCAGAAGAGCAAAAGAGAUUCUAGAGGCUCUCAACGCAGAAGAACGGCAAAAUGAUUUGCUUGGCACGGAAAAUCGUUGUUUAUGGAGACCUGAGUUUGCCUCGUACAUGAUUGAAGGGACACCAGGAGUACCGUAUGGAGGUUGGCUAGCUUGCUUUAAUGUUGUUGAAAGUAGUAUGAUUUUGCGGAGAUGCGAAGCUGGAAGUCUUUUGGGCCCUGAUGAAUCAGUAAUGUCUAUCUCUUUUCCCGCACUGGGUACACCAGGUUUUUUGUAUCCUCCUGCUGACCCUCAUCCUGAAGACGAAAGCGGCGCUGGGCGGUCUAUAUUUUUUCCUGACGAAGGAAUUUAUUCUGGCCAUCCGAGAUUUCGAAAUCUGGUGAGGAACAUUCGUGGAAGAAGAGGCGAGAAGGUUGCAAUAAACGUCCCAAUAUUUCACGAUAAAAAUACUCCUUCUCCUUACAUUGAGGACUUUAGUAAAAUGAAAGAUGGUGGAGAAGCAAUGAGAGCUGCUAAACCUGAUCACAUUUACUUGGAUCAUAUGGGUUUUGGUAUGGGUUGCUGUUGUCUUCAAGUCACAUUUCAGGCAACCAAUGUUGAUGAAGCUCGUUGGUUGUAUGAUCAGUUGACUCCUAUAACUCCAGUCGUGCUUGCUCUUUCAGCAGCUACUCCAGUUUUUCGCUCCCGAUUAGCUGACGUAGAUUGCAGAUGGGGCAUCAUUUCUGCUAGCGUGGACGAUAGAACAGCUGAGGAAAGGGGAUUAGUUCCACUGAAAAAUAACAAGUUUGUUAUUGAAAAAAGUCGCUACGAUUCAACGGACUGCUAUAUUUUUCCGCAUUCUUCUCUUUACAACGACAUUCCUCUGCAGUAUGAUGCAAAUCAUUACAAAAAGCUUCGUGAUGGAGGUAUUGAUGAAGACUUAGGAAAACAUAUAGCUCACAUGUUUAUUCGAGAUCCGCUACAGGUCUUCAAAGAAAGAAUUGAACAGGACGAGAAAACAACUACGGAACACUUUGAAACCAUUCAAAGCUCUAAUUGGAUGAAUAUGAGAUUCAAACCUCCACCUCCAGAUGCUCCAAACAUUGGCUGGAGAGUAGAGUUUAGACCUACAGAAGUGCAGUUAACAGACUUUGAAAAUGCCGCAUACUGUGCUUUUAUUGUUUUGCUUACGAGGGUAAUUAGAUCGUUUGAUCUGGUGUUUUUGUUGCCAAUAUCAUUAGUUACGGAGAAUAUGAAAAGAGCUCAACGUCGUAAUGCUGUUCUGGAGCAGAAGUUAUAUUUUCGUAAAGGUCUUGCGAGAUGUACAGAUUGUUAUGGUAAACCAUUUCCACUUGCCAAUAAAGAGGAGAUUAUUGAAAUGACAGUGAAUGAAAUUAUAAAUGGAAAAGAUGACGAGUUUCCUGGUUUGGUACCUCUUAUCCAUCAGUAUUUAGACAGCGCUGAUGUCGACGUGGAUACCCGUUGUACCAUCACUCAGUACCUUACCUUUCUUCAGAAGAGAGCGUCAGGGAAAAUACUAACAUUGGCGUCGUGGAUGAGAGAAUUUAUUCGGGAUCAUGAAGAUUAUAAAUUUGAUUCGUACGUCAGCGACACGAUAGUUUAUGACAUGUUGAAAGUAAUGAACGACAUUGCAAACGGUAAGAUUCAUUGCCCUAAGCUGCAUGGAGAAUUUGAUUCAAGAACAGAUUCACUGAUUCCUGAAGCAGUAAAAAAAGCCGAAGAAAAUUACCUCAAUAAGAGAAGGAACUGCGCUUGUUAUAAAUAA